UCCAGUCCCAUCAGUCAGCUGUUUUGACCGGGCGGCGAAGGAGCAGUCGGUCGUGGUCAGCGAAUGGGUUAGGCGGUUUGGAAUCAGAACGAGGACAGUGCCGGAACCGUCAAAUACUUUACGCUUCCAUCGUAUCCGCGCCGAUCGUCUAGAAGAUCAAGCUCCUCGUCUCGUGUGGGCCAGACCAACAACAAGAUUAGUUAACUUCCCAUCCGCGUUACAUUAGCCAUCAUUAAUUUAUUGUUUACCUUCAACAUCAUCGUAGCCCUAAUUCAUUGCCUUGUUACCAUCUGCUAGUUUUAUUUGUCUCCCCGUACUUACCCGUAGUCAGUAUGCUGGGCUAUGAGUUGAUGCCCGAGAUGGCCGGCCUGCUGCCCGGUAUGGCCUCGGACGCCGUGUCCGAGGUGUCGACGCGCGGCUCUAGUAUGUACAGUGACUCUCGCGAGGAUUUGCGGGACUUGGCCGCCAACCUGGGAUUGCAAGAAGAUCAGCUGUUCCAGGAUAGAUUCCGUGUGGACCGUCGUAAGCUGGAGCACAUGCUGCUUGGUGACACUCCGACCAAAGAGACUGCUGCAGAUUUCUUCCAGCGGAUCAUGGACGAGACCAACACCCUUAUAAUCUGGCCAGCUCGACUAAAGAUUGGAUCAAAGUCCAAAAAUGACCCUCACGUCAGGAUCGCUGGUCGACCCGAAGACGUGAAAGAGGCCAAGGCCAAGGUGAUGUCGGCUCUGGAUGUAAGGAGCAACAGAGUGACAAUGAAGCUGAACGUGAGCUACACUGACCAUUCACACAUCAUUGGAAGAGGUGGUUUGACUAUCAAGAGAGUCAUGGAGGAUACUGGUUGCCAUAUUCAUUUUCCUGACUCCAACCGCAGCAACCCCAUGGAGAAGAGUAACCAAGUUUCAAUUGCGGGUGAUUUGGAAGGAGUAGAGCGUGCCCGUGCUCGCGUCAGGGAACUCACCCCGUUGAUGUUCAGCUUUGAAUUGCCUAUUGUUGGAACCUUACAACCUUACCCUGAUCCUGAGUCUCCAUUCUUGCUGUCUGUUCAAAAAGAGUAUAAUGUACAAGUGAUGUUCCGCACUCGACCCAAGUUGCAUGCCACUUUGGUAGUUGUCAAGGGAUGUGAAUGGGAGGUGGCUCAAGUUAAGGAGGCUACUUUGCUGCUUAUAAAUCACAUGUGUGAUUCACUUGCUAAUCAGGUGCAAGUGCAGAUGUCAAUGGAAAUUUCUCCCCAGCACCAUCCUACAGUUGUUGGAAAAAACAACAGCAAUCUUAAAAUGAUUAUGCAUCGCACUGCUACACAGAUAAUGUUUCCUGACGCUUGUGAUCCUAAUAUCCCAUCAAUCAAGAAGAGUAAUGUAUUGAUUACAGGAGUCAUUCAUAAUGUGUACAUUGCUCGGCAGCAAUUGCUUGGCUCUCUUCCCCUUGUUUUGAUGUUUGAUGUUCCAGAUGAAUCUAUUUCCAUUCAGAAUGACCAAGUUGCUCUCCUUAUGCAAACCCAUGAUGUUCUCAUAACAAUUCGUCACAAGCCCAAGCAGAAUAGCAUGUCAAUUAUUGUGAAAGGCAUAGAGCGCAAUGCUAAUAAAAUCUACGAAGCCCGCAAGCAGCUCCUUAAUCUCAAAGACGAUAAUUCUAAGGCUGACAUUCCUCAAUCUUAUCAAUUGAUGGAUAGCCCAUCUCUGUAUGACCGCAAUGCAAAUGUUGUUAAAGGUACCUCUGCUGCUUCUGCUGCUGCUGCUAGUCCUUUCAGCUUGUUGACUAUCAAUACUAGUAACAACAACAACAUCUUUAACAUGCCAUCACCAACUUCUCUGUCACCUGGCAUCUCUCCUAGUCUGAUGUCUUCGAGUCCUAGUAUGUCUCCUAUGGCAUCUCUUGGUUUGCAAUGGAACAACUACAGCUUGCUUCCUUCAGCACAUGAGCCGAGCCAAGCCUUUUCUCAGCAUCAGUUUUCCCAAUUGAUGAGGUCAACAUUGUCACAACAUAAUCACCAAUAUCAGCAUCACCAGUCUCACCAUCACCAACAACAGCAGCUACAGCAGCAGCAGCAGCAGCAGCAGCAAGAGUUGUUGCUUCAACAACUUUUGCCAAGAAUGCAGCAUGCCACCCUUUCUGGCCCUCCAUCGGACGGUGGUUGCACUGGAAGCUGCUCUUCAUCUCUUGGCUACCAUAGCCGCCCAAGUAGUUCUCAAUCUCUUGAUUAUCAAGUUCACUCCAGCAGUAAUGGUAGUCCGACGGCCAGUCCGCGUGUAUCUUCUCCACUACACUGCUUCAAUGAUUCAAGAGAUGCCCGUAAUAAUAGUAUUUCAGAAAAUUCCGAGGGUAGCUACAAGAGCUCAGACCAUCAGAAGGUUUUGACUUCUGCUCUGGAAUAUCAACGCAAGAAAGCACUAGCUGCAAAGGCCAUGCAAAUGAAACCCAUGCCUGAGGUUCUGCGUGUUCCAUCAUCUACUUGGUCUGGCUAUGGAUUCAGUCAAUCAAGCCCUAGCAAUGCCUUAAAAGAACAGUUCAAGAAAGAGAGAAUUAUUCCUGACGCACUGAAUUCAGACUGCUGGAAAAUGUCUGCUCAAGAAAACUUGAGCUCACCUUCUAGUUCUUCAUUUCCAUCUGUAUCUGACCUGGGUGUAACACCAGGGCCUGUAUCAAGUACCAAGGGUAGAGACAGUCCUUUCAGCUCUAGCAGCUAUCUUGACUCAGUGCCAUCAUCCUCCCGUGCAUCUGUUUCUUCUAUGAAAACAACUGAUCUUACCUCUCUCCUCAUUUCCAUUGGCAUGGAAAAAUACAUUAAUGUUUUCAAGGAACAUGAAAUUGACCUGAAUGUCUUCAUGACCCUCACUGAUAAGGACUUGCGUGAUGUUGGUAUAACCACAUUUGGAGCACGACGCACCAUGCUAAUGGCAAUAUCACAACACAAAGGACAAGGCAGCCCAUUCCGUUGCAGUGCAGCACCUGGUGCAGAACGCAAGGGAUCCUCAUCUACUACUGGAACUAACAGCCCCUCAGACUUAUGGUAAUGAAAUCCAUGAAUUGAGUUGCAAAAUGUACUACUUACCAUCCCCCUAAGUUUGUUUAGCCAAUUUGGUAGUAAAUGAAUGACAUGAAAUUGUUUAAAAAUUUUCUGGAUCAUGUAUGGAUUGGGUGUUAAUCUUUUUUAUAUGCUAGUUGCUUGUCAUAAUGGUAAGGUAACUGCUUUUCUAAUGUUUUCCUGACCAAAGUUACUGUUAAAGAUACCUGUUUUAAUGUUAUGGAACUACCCAAAGCCAAGUGAUUGAAUAUCUUUAUAUUGAGUGUUCUUUUUGAGUGUUGCCUUAUGAAAUGACACGGGGCACAUUUGGUGGAUGGGCUGUGGUAUUGCUUUACUCAUUGGAGAUGAGUUUGAUUUCCAAACUAACAUUGUGGCACUAAUAUGGUGGAAGUAAAACUAUUUUUAAAUUAAAUUUUAUAGGAAUAAGCCAAAAACAUUUUAUGAAAAUGAGAACACAAAAAUGCAGUUUUAAAUUCAAUGUAAAGUUGUUUUUGGAAUUUUGUAACUUAUUGGAACACAACAUCUCUAUAACAAUGAUAGCAACACUUGCGUUUGUCAAGAAAAUGUCUAUUUUUACAGGGAUUGUUUUAACUUAUCCCUUCUCCUCAAAGGAUAACCUGAGCAGUGGUGGUUUUAUGUAAAACUUUCCUACUGUCUUGUGUUAUGAAAACUAGUCAUGUGAUUAGUGUCAUUGUUCAAGGUUUAGUAUUGACGAUGCAUUCUAGACGUUCAUGAAGUAUUCAUAUGAUAUAUUGUGAUCUAUCCCUGGAUUGAUGUACCUAUAUGUAUGCAAGUAAUUCAGUCUAGAUUUAAAAUGAUUGAUUCUUAAGUCUGCAUUCAGGCUUUACUCUAGACAGCUAUUACCUGCAUCCCCUUGACUGUAAAUUACUUCAAAUUAACAGGGUCAUUAUUUUUAUGAUACAAGACCUUGUCCUUUUUCAUGAUAUGGCUUUCUAGUCUUAUAUUUGUUAUUCAACUUAAGUGCCAAAGUGAUAUACCCUAGUACUAGUAUAAAUUAUUGAUAUUUGUUUUGAUUUAGUUAUUGUUUCUUUAAUGCAUGUAUAAUAAUGAAAUUGUAAAACACGAGUGUUUACCACAGAUUUUCUCAAUUAAUGGGAAUGUGUGUUGUAACCACUGGUGUUUUUAAGCAUGUUAUAUUUAGAAAUAUUUUUCUUGUUUUUGUUUCUUUCAUAGUUUGUUUUUCUGCACUUAAGAGCUUGUGAUUUUGUGAGUUCUUAGCAAAAAGAGCAAGGGUGCUUGUUUUUUGGCUAACGGAAUGAGUAAUAUGCAAGUGCUAGUUUGUUCUAUUUUGAAUGUGUUUUGGGGAAGGUGUUUGUACUAAGUUUGACUGACAGGCCUCUAUGAAAUUCUUCUGUCUUUAGAUGAGUUUUCAUACUGAUUAUUUUAUUUUAACAUGCUGGUUAUUUAUUGUAGAUGAAGUUGGUUUUGCCAUGGUUUCCUCAUGCAUCUGGUACAUAUAUUAGCAGAAACUCUUACCCAAAAUUAAAUCUAUUUUACAUAAUUGGGUCAUACCAGCUUGAUGUUCUCUUGCUUAAUUGAAUGGUGAAGGAGCCUCUAUGAAUUUCUAUCUACAUAACUGUUCAAUUAAUUUAAUUUUAUCAAUCUUUCGGAUAAUUUUAGCUUCAGAUGUUUUUUUUUAAUGUCUUCCAAUUGCUUGGCUAUGGAUUGUAAUGAUUUGACUGAUGACGAGAGGAUGGAUUAAUCUAAGUUAUUCGUGUUUGUUUUGCUGAAUGUUUAGACUGUAAACAGUUAUUGAAUUAUGAGGAGAGAUUGACUUUUGUCAUGUUAGCUUUUGGUACCGUUGUUCAAAUAUGUUAAAUCAAACUGUGUAAGUGAGCAUGAUAGUGCAUUUAUUCUGAUCUCAUUUGACUUAUAUUUUGCUCUUGAUUUGUUGAAUCUGUCAGAUAGUUUCUCGUACAAUUGUUUGAGCACCUUUCUGUGAUUUUGUAUUAGUGGCUAGUGUUUUGGUAAGGUAUUCCAAAUGCUUGUGAACUACGUAAUUCAAUCUAUGGUUUAUUUUGAUAUUAAAAUCUCCUCCUUACUGAA